CCUGUGACAUUUGUUUUGGACUCGAAGUACCCCACCGGAAAAACCAUCACCACAUAAUCCCAAAGCUGUUUUCUCUCGGAUCAAUAUCUGUUUACACAGGAUACUGGGACCCAUAACGACUUUUCGAUAGUUAUCUCGAAAAAACAUCAACAUCAUCACCUACCCAAAGACACACACACACAUCAAAAUGCAGGGACACCGACGAGGCCCUUGGUCCGCAAAUGAGGACACCAUGCUUGUUUCAUUGGUCAAGACACAUGGAGCUCACAACUGGGUUCGGAUUUCGGCUCUGAUCGGCUCGAGGACUCCUAAGCAGUGUCGGGAACGCUUUCACCAGAACCUGAAGCCAACACUCAACCACGACCCCAUCACACCGGAGGAGGGGCAGAUGAUCGAGCGUCUGGUAGCGGAGAUGGGAAAGCGGUGGGCGGAAAUCGCCCGGCGGCUCAACGGAAGGAGCGAUAAUGCCGUCAAGAACUGGUGGAACGGUGGGAUGAACCGACGACGACGGAUGAUCGGCCGUCAGAGGGGUAGCCAGAGCCACAGCCAUCGUUCCAGCAACAGCAACAACCACCACGAUAUGUCGCCAUCUCCCAUGUCUUCGCCAUCGCUUCUGCCUCAACAGAGUGGACUCCACAUUUUCAUCCACGGCAACACAGACGAACCGAUGGUCUCGCCCACCUACUCCCAGUACUCCGAGUACUCGCGGGGCCAGACUCCUUCCCUCAUCUCCGACACGGCCUCCUCGCUUUCCACCUCCUCCCCAAGGGUCCCGGCUUCGCCGACAUACGAGAACACUCUCCCUCCUCUUCUGGGCCACCACGACAACCAGUUGAGGCGUCAGUCGAUGCCGGCGAUGUAUACUUCUCCCGAAAUCUACGACUCGCCGCGGUACACGCACCAACACGGCUCGUUCCAGGAGAGAGCGGAGAUGAAGCUCUCGCACAUUUCGGACCACCUCGGAUCGAAGCCCAUGCAGCGAGCGGUCUCCUAUUCCGAGGCCCAACUGCAGGAGCAAAACGACGGCAACAAGAUGAGCCUCGGAUUCCUCCUGGGCUGAGAUGUUUCAUCCAUCCACUCCCUCCCACGCACCUCUUGCAUCAUCAUUCUUGAAAAUACUUCAUUUCCUUGACGUCAAAAACUUAUAUACAUACUACUUCGAGGCUUUUUUCUGGUCCCUCAUCUUGGGAAUAUUUC